AGUCCAAAGAGAGUUAUUGACAAGGACUCAACCCUUUCCUUGUUUUCCGGUUUUCUUAUCCCUCCUAAAAACCUUUCUUAAAAUUCCAUCCAUACAACAAAGAGAAAGAUCAUUCACAACACCUUUCCAUAUCUCUCUUCACCCAAAAAGAAAAAAAAAGUAUUAUAGAUAGACCUAACAAUUCCAAACACUUCAUCAAAUCUUGUCAAACUGUUAUGGAAACACAACAACACCAAAACAUCAUUGAAGAAGAAAAAAACAACCAUUCAAUCCAAUUAGAACAAACAUCAUCACCAAAACAUCCUUCUUCACCCCCCUCUUCUUCUUCUUCACCUUCUCAUGAAUUUUCUUUCACAAUUUCUCUCCACUCUAAUUCCUCCACAACAAUCCAUGACAAAUCCAAACCACCUUCACCUUCUCUUGCACUUGAUUUAUCUCCAGCUGAUGACAUUUUCUUCCAUGGUCAUUUACUUCCUCUUCAUCUCCUUUCUCACUUCCCUUCCUCACCGCGAUUUUCCACCAAUUCAAAUGAUAGUUUCACUCUUCCAAUAAGAGAAUUAUUACAAGAUGAAAAGAUUAGAAAAGACACUAGCAGCUGCAACACCAGCCACAGAGAAGACAAUAUCAACAUCAACAUCAACAAUACAAGAGGAGUUACAAAGGAUGAAAACAAGUCCACCAAUACUAAAGCUAGUAGUUUCUCAUUGUUUGGAUCAUCAAAAGGAAAUCAUAACAAUAAAGAGAAGCAUAACAAGAAGAAACUUGUUGGGUAUGAUAUGAUUCAAGCAUUGAAAAAAUACUUAAAAAAUGUGCAACUUUUUAGAGGGAGAAGAGAAAAGAAUGGAUUCCAUGGAGAAGCUUAUUCACGUUCAGGGAAUUUAAUAAGGAAAAAUAAGCCAGAAGUGAGAGGUAGUAGAGGAGAAUAUUCAGCACCAGCUUCAAUGAGAGCUUCUCCAACAAAUAGUGGCUUAUUGCUUGCAACAGGUGGUUCUCUUUCUUCAUCUUCUUCUAAUAAUAGUUCCAUGGAAGAGUUACAAGCAGCUAUUCAAGCUGCAAUUGCUCACUGCAAAAAUUCUAUUGCAAAAGAAGAUAAGCUCAGUUAAAUUUCUCAUACUCUUAGACACAUCAUAGAUUUUUUUUUUUUUUUUUUUUUUUUGUUCCUAUAGUUGUUUUGUAUUUACUGUCUAUAACUUUUUUUUUUCCUAGUUGUAUUGUAGCUAGUUAUUGUCAUAGUUGUCACAUUUUAUAUUAAUGUUCAAUCUAUAUCUGAAAAUUCACCUCA